ACACGAAAAAUAUACAAUAUAAAAAUAAUAAAACGAUUAUAAUAAAACUACCAAAUAGUGCCUCAAAUAAAAGACGAAAAAUCUUAACAAAAAUUUGUUAAUGAUUUAAAAAAAGUGAAGAAAAUAUCUAGAAAAAAGAAAAACAAAGAAAGCAAAGAAAGAAAACACAGUUAACAAGAGUGAAAAAUUCAUUAGAAAAAUGUCGAAAAAUAAAUUUCAUACAUUACCAAAUGCAGAUACACAUAUCGUGGAAGUGAAAUCAAAGUUCGACGCUGAAUUCCGACGAUUUGGACUUAAACGUACCGAAGAACCACCAAGUUUUGAAAAUUUUAAUGCUCUCGUCAAACAACUACACGGUCUCGCCAAUUUACCCUUUCUAAUACGUUACAUCGAUCCACGCGAUCACGAGCUGUUACCCAUUAACAACGAUGACAAUUUCGGCAGAGCUCUCAAGACAGCCCAACCUAUAUUGCGCAUCAUCAUACAACGUGAAGAGGACAUCGAAUAUGGACUACCAAAACUACAACGCGGUAAUUUCAAUUUAAUUGGCAUGCUGAGUCAGACGCCGAACAAAACGAGAGCACCACCAAUUUCAAUGCCACAAGAUUUUCGUCAGGUAUCGGCUAUUAUUGAUGUUGAUAUUGUACCAGAAACACACAGACGUGUACGUUUGCUAAAACAUGGCAGUGAUAAGCCAUUGGGUUUCUAUAUACGUGAUGGUACUUCGGUUCGUGUGACGCCCAAUGGUUUGGAAAAACAACCGGGUAUAUUUAUAUCACGUUUAGUGCCGGGUGGUUUGGCGGAGAGUACUGGUUUAUUGGCCGUCAAUGAUGAGGUUAUAGAAGUUAAUGGUAUUGAAGUGGCAGGAAAGACAUUAGAUCAGGUUACCGACAUGAUGGUGGCCAAUAGCUCAAAUCUUAUUAUCACCUUUAAACCGGCCAAUCAACGUACCUUAUCCUCUCCGCGUCGUGGUUCCUUUUCACGUACUAGUCAAUUGUCUAGUGGUUCGCAUCACACUAAUCAUACCAACACAUCCGAUGAAUUGGAACAAGAUGAUCAAGAUGAGAUUGUAGACUUAACCGGCGUAACAUUAGAUGAUAAUACCGGUAGCGGUGGUGGCGGCAGUAGUGCUAACGGUGAUGGUGUCUUACAUCUUUGAGUCACAAACAAAACCAACAACAACAACAACAACAGCAAGAACAUGUAAUCGUAAUGUUUAAUAUCAUUUAUUAUUUCUAUUUGAUUUUCUUUUUAUUUAUCUCUUUUUAAAAUUUUCUUUUUAACGUAAAUUAUGAGGUUCCAAAUAGUUUGUCCGCUUGAGAUAAAUUUUCAAAGUAUUAUUUCAAAACAUCUUAGAUAUGAUAUGUUUUAAUAGGAUUUUAGUGUCUCUUUAAAGUUUUUUGACAAUCGCAAGUUUUUUGUUUUGUUUUAUUGAAUAAAAUAAGAAACACUUCUUUUUUAUUUAUUUAAAUUUUUAGCAAAAGUUUUUUUUUACUUUUGUAGUAUAAAUUGCAUGUAAAAAAUUUACACAAAACAUUUAAGGUAGAAAAUGUUUUUCUUUAAGACAAAAAAGGAGAAAGUUUUUGAAUUGUAAGGUUUAGACGGUGGAUUUUUUAAAACAUAUUUUUUACAUAAAAAUGCUAAUUUUUAGAAACUUUAGGGAAAAUUUGUUUUUUCUAUGGAGUAAACAUUAUUUUUUUUUUCAGAGUACACAAAUUUUUCUAUAGAAAAAAAUAUACAGAACUUAUUUAGAACACUUUUAAUAAUGAAUAACUGAAAAAUGCAAUUUACUUUUUUAAAGAAAAAUUUCAUAUACAGCAAUUUGUUUAUAGAAAUAACCGUUAUUCACACCGUUUUGAACAGUUAUACAAUAAAAUUUUUAUAAAAAACUGUUAUACUCACAUUUUUGUAUAGAAAAAGAUGUGAUACUAAAAAAACUUUUCUACUAAAGUCUUCUAUAGAAAUCUAUAUUAUACCUAAAAUAUUUAUUAAAAACUGUUAUACAGAUAUUUUCCUAUAAAAAAAACUGUCAUGCUAAAAUUUUGUACAAAAAAUAACUGUUAUACUGAAAUUUUUGUUCAGAAAAACUGCAAUGUACAAAAAUUGCAAUCGAUAAAAUUUUUAUAACAAUUUGUUAUAAAUAAAACUGUUAUACUGCAAAUUUUCUGUUUAAACAUGUU